GCUUCCUCUCUACUCUUCCAUUCUUCUUAUGAAUAUAGGCCACACUCAUUUGAUGUUCAAUCUCAUGAGAUCUAUAAAACUCAUCCAUAUGGGACUCUAUUCCUUGCAGCUCAGGGAAAUCGAUUUGAACUUCGAGGAAAAGAGGGAACAAGGUUGGCAGGGGAAGAAGAAGAAGGCUGGUCGGAGAGGAAGGAAGAAGGAGAAGCAGGGGUGAUGGCGAUCGAGGAAGGGGAAGAAGGGCAUGUGAGCGGCAACUCUUGAGUCGGAGACAGAGGAGGAAGAGAAAGAGCUGCCAGAGUCUCGAGUCAGGUGGAUCUGGAAUGCCAAGCGGGGGCGGCAACCGAGGCCGCUUUAACCCUUUGAAUAUUUCCAAUUCUCGUCAAACUCCAAACCUAAAGAAGGAAGGGGCGGCAACCAACUGUCUAUCUUCACUGGCAGCGACCCUCUUCUCCUUCUUUUCCUUUGUUCGAUGGAUCUCGACCGUCGCUGCUUUCUUAUCGGCGGAAGCGACAACUCCGGCCGGGCGAUUAGAGUGAAAGAUUAUUUGGUGGUGGUGCGUGUCUGGUUGGGGCGUCGAGGUUGGGAUUCGGGAGAUUGGGAUGGCGAGGUCGAGAUUGGAAGGACGAGGUGGGGCGGUGAAGUCUGAUUGAGGGUUGAGAAGCAUCUGAAAUUGUCAUAACAAGCACUAGACAAGAGAUAGAGCAACAGUGGAGGUUGUAUGAUGGUUUUGAACUGGUAUUGGAGCACAAACUGCGGGCAGGAAUCAGGGUCAAUGUCAAAUGUUAUGGAAGGAUUAUGCCUCGAAUGGCGGUAAUCCCACCUGGAAUGGAGUUCCACCACAUUGUCCUACCAUGAUGGUGAUAUCGAGGGUGAAAAUGAAGGAAAUGAUGACCAUCCAACUUCUCCUAAACCAUCAAUAUGGCCCGAGAUAAUGUGUUUCUUCACUAAUCCCCGCAAACCAAUGAUACUUGCACUUGCUAGGGCAGACCCCAAGAAAAAGAUCACACUUAGGUCAAGGCAUAUGGAGAAUGACAUCCCCUGAGAGAGCUUGCUAAUAUGGUAUACACUAAUUAUGGGGAACAGAGAUGAAAUCGAUGAGAUGCCAAGUACAAAUGCCUCUGUACUCCUUUCAGUGCUUAAGCUCUUUGAAAAAUAUGAUUGUAUGGGCAAGUGGCGUAUCUUAAACAUCAUAAACAGGCUUAUGUUCCAGACAUAUAUUGCCUUGCUGCAAAGACUAAGGGCGUUUUCAGUAAUUCAGCUUUCAUCGAGCCAUUUGGACUAACUCUAAUUGAGGCAGCAGCAUACGGCUUGCCGAUGGUUGCUACAAAGAAUGGGGGCCCUGUGGACAUUCUCCGGGUACUCGAUAAUGGGCUUCUUAUUGGCCCACAUGAUCAACAAUCCAUUGCUACUGCGCUUCUGAAGCUAGUGGCUAACAAGCAGCUUUGGGCAAAAUGCCGGCAAAAUGGUUUGAAGAACAUACACCUCUUUUAAUGGCCAGAGCAAUGUAAAACCCAGUGUUAUCAAAAUCGAGCCGAACCGGUCAGUCGGACCGAUAAAGCCGGGACCCGGCCACCAGUCCAGCUCGGAACACCUAAAAAACAAUACAGUUCAACUGACCGGCCGAUUAACGGUUCAAACGGCUAACCGCUCGAACAGUUCAAACCGACUAGUCGGUUCUCAGAGCGAAGGGUAGGCGGGCUUUCUCAAUUGAGCGGUUGUCCUUGGUCGCCGUCGUCAUCACCGGCAACGAUUAACCUCACCUUCAUCACCGUCGCUCUGUUCCUGUUAUGCUUUCCUCUAGUCGUCUUCAGAAAGAAAGAAAGAGAGAGAUAAAGGCAUAUGGAGUUUGAGAGAAACCAAGGGAUGAAGCCAUGGAGGGGAUCGAUCGAUCGUGUUUUGUGAAGGAUUAGAGGAAUCGAUUGAAGAAGAAGCAGAUGGUGAGAUGAAGGUUGUUGUGGAGGGGGGAUUGAAAGAGAGAGGGGAGAACGGCGCUGCCGAUUAGGGUUGCAAAUCGGGGUGGUGGUGGUCAGGCCAGGUUAGGGGUGAUUAAUUGAGUUGUUAGCUUUUUUACUUUUUUAUACACGUCAUUUACUUCUAGGUAGUUUAGGUCAUGAUUAUAAUUUUUUUAGUUUUUAUUUCCUAUUAUGGUCAUUUUUAGCUAGUGCUUACUAAUAUUCAUUAUUAAUAAGUAUCGGUUCAUUAACGGUUUUAUAACGGUCUAAUACCGGUUAAACCAGUAAAGUUCCAACCGUUUGCUAUAUAGGUUCAUACUACGGUUUGGUUCUGACAAAAUUGGUAAAAC